GGUGCAUGCAUGCACGGCAUUCGGUCACCAUCUGCAUUGCAGCAUUUCACUAGCUUCAUUCGUCCGUAAAGGUAGAGAAAGUGCAGGUAAUCUGUGUUUCUUCCGCUCAUAUAUACCCCGCCUCCCCUUUCCGUUCCAACCUCGGCUGUGAAUUCGAUCGUCAAGUCACAUACCCCCUGGCGUCGUUGCGCUGUCUUCAUCCACCUCGAGCUGCCGAACCAUUCCCCCCGCCCCCGCCGCCCCGGCGUCUCCGAGAAUGAGCAAGUACUUCAACGUCUGUUCGGUCCCUACGGACAACGACACCAAAACAAACUGCAUUUUCAUGAACGCGCAGGACUUUGCGGCGAUCGCGGACCCGCAGGCCACGGCGGCGGACGCGUCUGUCCUGGUGAAGAUCCAAGACUUCCCUUUCACGGCACGUCGCAGCGGUGCGAUUGAACUUGGUUCCAUCGGCUUUAAUAGCAUCCAGCGCCGUUUGCUCGGCGUGUCGACCGGUGCGCGCAGCACCGUCGAGCUCAAGCCCCUCACCACGCCCGUUCCUGACAUUCACAUACUGAAAAUUCAGGUGGAGCUGAUCAGCGCUCGCCAGACCAUCGUGCUGGAUUGCCAGGCCUGCAUCGCGUUUAUGGAGAAGAUGUUUUCAGGGCAGUGCUUCCGUCUGAUGCAGCAGCUGGCAGUGGUGAUGGACACUGGCGAGCGGAUGCGGGCGACGGUGCUGGCGACUGAGCUGGUGGAGUCGAAGGACGCGACACCGGCAGCGCUGAAGGAGGCGGACUUGGGCCGCUUUGUGCGUGGCACGACGCAGGUGCUGGUCACGACGAACGAGUCGAGUGGGAUUUCCCUGACGAACGUGUCGGAGGCGCAGAUGGAUGCGCAGCAGCCCCAGCUGGUCCGCAACUUCAACCUCGAAAACCUCGGCAUUGGCGGCUUGCGCGCCGAGUUUGGACAGGUCUUUCGCCGUGCCUUUGCCAGUCGAAUGCUGAAGCCCUCCUUCAUCAAGAAGCUCGGUCUGAAGCACGUGAAGGGUGUGCUGCUGUUUGGUCCUCCGGGCACCGGUAAGACGCUGAUUGCGCGCAAGAUCGGCGAGAUUCUGAACUGUCACGAGCCGAAGAUCGUGAACGGGCCGGAGGUGUUCAACAAGUUUGUUGGCGGGACGGAGGAGAACGUCCGCAAGCUCUUUGUGGAUGCAGAGAAGGAGCAGACGGAGAAGGGCGACCAGUCCCGUCUGCACCUCAUCAUCUUUGACGAGUUCGACGCGAUAUGCAAGCAGCGCGGCGCCGUCCGCGACUCCACGGGUGUGAACGACAACGUGGUGAACCAGCUCCUCUCCAAGAUCGACGGCGUGAACUCGCUGAACAAUGUCUUGUUGAUCGGCAUGACGAACCGCCUGGAUCUGAUCGACGAGGCCAUCCUGCGACCGGGUCGUUUCGAGGUGCACGUCGAGAUCGGGCUGCCAGACGAGGACGGCCGCGUUGAGAUCUUCCGCAUUCACACCCGUGGCAUGCGGGAGAACAACAUCAUGGCCACCGACGUGAGCCUGGAGGAGCUGGCGAAGAUGACGAAGAACUACUCGGGUGCGGAGAUUGAGGGCGUGGUGCGCGAUGCCACGUCGAACGCCUUCAACCGCCACAUCGACCUCGACCACCCGGAGAAGAUGGUCGACGACGCCAGCGUCCUCGUCACACGUGAGGACUUUCUAAAGGCCGUGGAGGAGGUCACCCCGGCCUUUGGACAGGCAAAGGAGGAGUGUGCGAACCUGCGCCGUGGUGGCAUCAUCGACUACGGCGACAUCUGGGACGUCGUGCGGGCGCGCUGUCAGCGCUACACCGACCAGCUCAACGCCGCCGGCAAGCGACUGGACUUGCUGUCGGUGCUCAUCGACGGUGCGCCGGGCAGCGGCAAGUCCGCCAUCAGCGCCUACCUCGCGGAGCUCGCGGACUUCCCUUAUGUGAAGGUGGUGUCGGCGGAAGACAUGGUCGGCUACGGCGAGAUGCAGCGCGUGAACAUUCUACGGAAAGCCUUCGAGGACGCCUACAAGUCCCCGUCGAGCUGCAUCAUCUUGGACGAUCUCGAGCGGCUUAUUGACUUCUCUCAGCUUGGAGGCCGCUACAGCAACACGCUGCUGCAGGCGCUGUUGGUCCUGAUCAAGCGUCCGCCACCGGAGGGGAAGAAGCUGCUGGUGGUGGGCACCACCGCGCAGUUCGACAUCAUGGACAGCCUGGAGCUGAACGCGUGCUUCUCGGUGAAGCUGCACUUGCCGACCAUCCCCGCCACUGCCAUUCCAAAGGUGUGUGCGGCGCUCGGGCUCGUGUUUGCCUCGCAGCAGGAUAUGAACAGCUGCGUGAACCUCUUCCCGCAGGAGCUGCCGAUGAAGCAGCUGAUGCUGCUGUUGGAGAUGGCCGCAGAGAAGCAGAGCGGUGCGCAGCCCGUCAUCACGUACCAGUCCAUGUCGCGCGCCAAGGAGUCGGCUGGCCUGUUUUAA